UCUUCCCCAGCCAGCGUAUCAAUGGACGCAGCACGAGUAUCUGGCCCCCGGACCAGCGAAUGACGAUCAGGCAGACAAAGCACCGCCGCAGCACAGCCAGACAUUCCGGCUCGCCUCCCAUCAGUCUUCCAUCUCUUGCUCGCUCGAGUGCUUGGACAAGUAGACAACGACGACGACCGACAAGGCUGAGGGGGGCCAUUCUGGUGUGCACUGGCCAUGCUGCGGCCGCGGGCGGACUCUCUACAGCCCACCAUGCCCCGAUGGAGCUGACCGGUUUUUGCUUGCUUACCUUUGUCUACACUCCCGCACAAGUCCGUUUGGAUCCUGCGUCCUUCGUUGCGCCCAGCCGUUGCUUUUACUUCACCCUGCGUGUCAUGGAUGCAUCCAUCAUGGCCAUCAUCACGUAGCAUGCGUGGUCGGUAGAGCAAGAGAAAACACGGGCAGCAAUGGCAUUCGUACGUAGAUACGUCUUCGGCUGCUGCAGCUUGGGCGCCGCAACGACCCGGGUAAACAUCAGUCCGCGCCCUCGCUGACAGAUCAGCCACCACCACCACCACCACCACCACCACCCUCGGCGCUAGGAUCAGCCAGUGUCCAUCUGCCUGGGCGUCUCUUCUUCCUACAGUAAUACCAAAGUACUU